AUGUCAAUUCUUUGGCUUUAUAAAAUGAUAAUUUUGAUUCUUCUCCAUACACUUUGUGAAGGAUUAGAAUUAUUCAUAGUGCCACACUCUCACUGUGACCCUGGCUGACUGGAAACUUUUGAAUCCUAUUAUCAAACAAAAGUAAAAUCAAUUUUAAACAAUGUCGUAACUUUGCUUGAAGAAGAUGAAAAUAGGAAGUUUGUUUGGUCAGAGACUUCAUACCUUAAAAUGUGGAUGGAUGAUCAGCAUGCAAAUAUUACCAACAAAUUUAGAGAAUUGGUUAAAAAAGGCCAAAUAGAGUUUGUGGGAGGAGGAUAUGUGCAAGGGGAUGAAGCAAAUCCGGAUUUUGAUAUGGUCAUAAGGCAAAUUGAAACUGGCCAUCAAUAUCUGUAUAAAGAAUUUGCUGUUGAUAGAGUAAGAACUGGCUGGCAAAUUGAUAUUUUUGGGCAUUCUGCUUUAACUCCGGGAAUUUUUUCUAGGUUUGGCUAUGAGUAUCUUGUGAUUAAUCGCAUUAACGAAGCAUUCCGAUCUCAGUUAAGAGGCUCAGGGGACAUAAAUUAAGAUUAAGAUUAUACGGUCAUAAGCAUCCCAUAGGUUGGACUCCCCUGACUCCAGUAAAAGUGGCCUACAAUAGGUGCAUAUACCAGAGUGCAAAUGAUUUGAUGCCCAACCAAAAUUCCAGCUCAGAGGACAUGGAAUUUAUAUGAAAAGGGGUGAAUUUUGGAAGUAAUGAGGCACUUUUUACACAUGUCUUAUAUGAUUAUUACUAUCCUCCCGCUUUUCUUCAAACAAAUAGUGCCGAAGCUUGUUUCCUUAACGCAAAACCUACUCAAGAUGAUAUUAAAGCUUGGUAAUUUCUAAUUAGCGCAGAAAGGCUUUACAACACAUGCCUAGAAUGGUCAGGAGGCUAUAAAACAGACAAACUUAUGAUGAUAUAUGGAGGAGACUUCUUUUUUAACUAUUUUCCAGAAGCCAAAUUAAUUUUUGAAAGACUUGAACAAGUUAUGGAUUGAAUGAAAUAUUCUGGGCUAUAUCCAGAUUUCGAUGUUAAAUUCGCAACGACAACCGAGUAUUUUGAUGCAGUCAGAAAAUCAAAUGCAAAAUUCCCUAUAUAUAAAAGCGAUUUUUUCCCUUAUCAAAGUUAUCGUUUUGGAAGCCGUCCUGCAUUCUGGACUGGGUUUUAUACAACAAGACCUGCACUGAAGCAGCUCAUAAAUAAGACGCACAGGUUAGUUAGAGCUGCUGAAAUUGCGAAAGCUUUAAUACAAGGAGAGACUUAUAUAGCUUAUAAUGCAAGCUUGGCAUUGCAUCAUGAUGCAAUAACUGGGACUAGCAAACCAUGGGUUGCUAAAGAUUAUAAGUGAAGGCUCAAAUAUGAUAGUGAUGAUGCUUAUCGGGCUAUAAAUGAAGCCAUGCAAUCAGCAUUUACAAAGAAAAAAGCAAGUUUCGCACUUACUUUACCUUAUAAAGUCCUUGUGCUUUAUAACUCAAUUAACUGGGACAAGACAGACAUAAUUAUUAUUGAAUCAGAUACUCAGUUCAUAGAAUUGAAAAAUUGGAAAGGAGAAAAUAUCGAAUCACAAUACAUAGCAAACGAAGAGAAAAAUAAUUAUUCUGUGUACAUCAAAUUAACACUCCCAUCUAUGUCAUUCGUAACAAUUUUUGUCACUGAGCACUCAAAUUCUUGUUCAUUGUGUUCACAGCCUUUUGCAUUAAGAGAAAAUAGCACAAUAAUUUUUGACAAUCAUCAUUCAAUAGAGUUUGACAGCAAUGGCUUUGUUCAAAGUAUUCAGACCCUGCACAAAAAAUAUGAGUUUAUUCAAGAAUUCUGACUUUACUAUGCUGAUCGAGCUGGAGCUUAUAUUUUUGAGCCAGGCAACCCAGGAAAUAAAAUCCCAGAUUUAGUCUUCCACUCCUUGAAAAUUUGGAAAGGGUCAGUAGCAAUGGUAGCUGAAGUAAAAUGGAAAAGAACAAUAGAAAAACGAGAUAUUCAUGAUACUUAUUAUCAAAAAUUAAUUUUAUUUGGAGAAAAAAGCUUUAUUUGGAAAUAUGGGAUCUAUGCAUCUGGGAACCAAGAAAUUCUUAUGAGAAUCAAAAGUAAAGACAUAGGCGUCGGAGAUUGAUUUUAUACCUCAAAUUCUGGAGAUUUAAGAAAGAGAAAAUGCUAUGACUCAAAAGAAUUCACUGACAGAAGCACUCCUAAAAAUUUGAAAACUCUGAACCCAGACGAGAAAGGCGAAAACAUGUAUCCAAUUCCAGGAGGUUUUGCAAUUAACAUGGGAGCAGAAUCAUUUAAGAUGUUUCCACAAUUUUCGUUAGGAGUAGGAAUGGUUUAUCAGAAAAGCAUAGAAAUUCUGAUGCAUCGACACUUGUAUUUGGAUGAUAAUUUUGGACUUGGGGAAGGAGUUGAUGAUAAGACAUAUAUUGAUUAUCAUUUCUUGGUAGAAUUAAGUCCUCUUUCACAAACUGAGUUUAAAAAAUCUUCGUUAAAUGCAAAAACUGAGAUCUAUCAACUUUGGAUCCAAGACCUAGAAAGCUUAGAAAUUGUAAGUGAUAUGAAAAAUGCCUUUAAUUUUAAUAAAGAUUGGGAAUAUAUAUCGAAAUAUGAGUUUGGUUUCAACGAUCCUUAUAUUUAUUUGUCUAGUGCUGUCAUAAAAGAAGGCCAGCUAUUAUUCAGAUUGUGGAAUUUGAAGAAUAGCUAUCAAGGGCUUUCUUUAGAGAACUUCAAUAUUGGAAGAAGAAGACUAUUAGAUGGGUAUUGUAAAGAUUUUAUUCCGGCUACUUGGAGAGAAAACGGAAAGGUGAUUGAUUUUAAUAAUAAGAAAAACACUGGGCUAUUGCUUGAUAAAGAUAUAUGGGAUGCAGAUAUGCUCAAAGGAGAUCAAAUUCUUAGACCAUAUGAGCUUGCUACUCUUCCUGUGAGCCGGGUAAAGUCAUAUUUUGGCUUUUUUGUAAGCGAUUCAAAUAAGCAAAGUUUUUUAGAAAAUAGCGCUACAUUGGCUGAUGUGAAUUCAAAAGACAGAGCUUGGAAAGGAUAUGACUAUUUCAGUUUGAUUAUUAUUUUCACUAUUAUUGGAGGAGUUGGAAUUGCUUUAUAUAUGAAGUUCAAGACUAAAACAGAUAAAGAUAAAGAUUAUUCAAGCUAA